AUGCAAGAAAAUAUACAUAAACGAAAAAUUAUUUGGCGAAAUGUUAUUAUAUUGUCUUAUGUACAUGCUGUAGCAAUUUAUAGCGCAAUCAACAUAUCACAAUGCAAAUGGCAAGUUUCAUUGUUUGCUUUUUUCAUUGCAAACUUAGCUGCCAUUGGAAUUACAGCAGGUGCUCAUCGACUUUGGACACACAAAUCCUAUAAAGCAAAACUACCGUUGAAAAUAAUAUUAUUGAUUUUCCAAACGCUUUCUUUUCAACAAUGUAUAUAUGAUUGGGCACGAGAUCAUCGAGUCCAUCAUAAAUAUACUGACACGGAUGCAGAUCCACAUAAUUCAAAAAAAGGAUUUUUCUUCUCACAUAUUGGAUGGUUGCUGGUCAAUAAGCAUCCAGAAGUUAUUAAUAAAGGAAAAAACAUAGAUAUGACUGAUUUGCAGAAUGAUCCUUUGGUAAUGUGGCAAAAAAAACACUGUAAUUGGUUUUUACCGGUUGUAGGAUUUUUGGUUCCAGUCUGGCUAUCUGCGAUUUUAUUCGACGAGCAAUGGUUUCAUGCAUGGAAUGCCCAAUGCUUUCGUUAUGUCGUUGGAUUAAAUUUAACGUGGUUACUUAAUAGUGGAGCACAUAAGUGGGGAGCAAAACCAUAUGACAAAAAUAUCAGCCCUACAGACACACUAAUUAUGGGCAUUACAUGCUUUGGAGAAGGAUGGCACAACUAUCAUCACGUGUUUCCUUGGGAUUACAAAACAUCGGAACUUUCAAACUAUGGAUAUAAUUUUACAAUCGCUUUCAUCGAUUUCUUCGCUAAAAUAGGCUGGGCGUAUGAUUUGAAAACUGUCUCUGAAGAAACUAUUAGAAAAAGAAUGAUACGUACUGGAGAUGGUUCAAAUCAAUACAGUAAUAUCAAAAAUAUAUAUUCAAAAGAAAUAAACGAUUCAAAUAAUAAUUGUCAACCAGAUCACAAAACGUUUGACAAUAAAUUUAGCAAAAAUAUUUGGGGAUGGGACGAUAAAGAUUUGGACGAAGAAGAUAAAUUAUUUGUUCAUAUUUACAAUCAAGAAAAUAAACAAUGA